GCCAACCGCCAAUAAACACCAAAGAAGAAGAAGAAGCAGAAAUCGAUGCAGACCAUCUAUAUUAUAGUGUGUGAAGGAGAUUUAAUGACCUUUUCAAUCACAGCGAGAUUUAUCUUGCUUUUGUGUCUUCUGUUCGUCCUCCUCAUCGGACUGUGAUGAGCAGAUGAUUAUUACACAGAUGGCGGCGGUGAAAGAGGAGCGAGAAGACGCGAGGGCUGCAGAAGCGUUCAGAGGCACACACACAGGCCUGAGGGUGCUGAAGGAGGAGAGUCAAGAACUAAAUAAAAGGGAAAUUAAGGAUCAAUAUGAGGAACAUCAUUCAUUAAUAACGGGAGAAAACUCUUUAAGUUGCUCACAGAAUGAAAAGACUUUGUCACAAAAAACAGCUCAAACGACUAGUCAAACUAGUAGUCAUUUUGAUCAACAUGGAAACCUAGAUGUCGACAUGAGAAUUCACAUGGGAGACAAGCCAUUCUCCUGCCAGCAGUGUGGGAAGAGUUACACCUCGAAAGGUAGUCUUAAAGAUCACAUGAAUAUUCACACUGGAGAGAACCCUUUCACCUGCCAACAUUGUGGAAAAAGUUUCAUUCGAAAAGGAAACCUGACUGUCCACAUGAAAAUUCACACUAGAGAGAGCCCAUUCACCUGCCAGCAGUGUGGGAAAGGUUUCGUUCAGAAAGGCAGUCUUAAAUCCCACAUGAGAGUUCACACUGGAGAGAGUCCUUUUACCUGUCAACAAUGUGGAAAAAGAUUCACUCAAAAAGGAAACCUGAAAGUCCACAUGAGAAUUCACUCUAAAGAGACCCCAUUCACCUGCCAACAGUGUGGAAAAAGUUUCACUCAAAAAGGAAGUCUUAAAGAUCACAUGAAAAUUCACACUGGAGAGAACCCAUUCACCUGCCAACAUUGUGGAAAAAGUUUCAUUCGAAAAGGAAACCUGAAAGUCCACUUGCGAGUGCACACAAGAGAGAGCCCAUUCAGCUGCCAACAGUGUGGAAAAAGUUUUUCUCAGAAAGCAAGCCUUAAAAUCCACAUAAGAAUUCACACUGGAGAGAAGCCUUUCACAUGCCCUCAAUGUGGAAGGAGUUUUACACAUAAAGGAACCCUUAAUAACCAUGUGACAACUCACACAGGAGAGAAGCCAUUUGUAUGUAGUCAGUGUGGAAAGUGUUUCCGAUUUACGGUAACCCUUAAAGACCACAUGAGGAUUCACUCGAGAGAGAUCCGUUUUAUAUGCCAUCAGUGUGGAAGGAGUUUCACAGACAGAAAUGAUCUUAAGAAUCAUGUAGGAACUCACAUCGGAGAGAAGCCUUUCAUGUGCCAUUACUGUGGAAAGUCUUUCAAAAACCAUGCAAAUCUUGAGGUUCAUUUAAGAAUUCACACUGGAGAGAAGCCUUUCAGCUGCACUCAAUGUGGAAAGAGUUUCACAGUUAAAGGAAACCUUGACAUUCACAUGAGGGUUCACACUGGAGAGAGGCCUUACAGGUGCCUUCGGUGUGAGAAGAGUUUCACAUAUCACACGGACCUGAAACGUCAUUUGCAAACCCAUUCUGGAAAGAAAUUCCAGUGUUCUGAGUGUGACAAGGGGUUUCGAAAAAUUAGCAAUUUCAGAAAACACCUGCAUAUGCUUUCGGGAGGAAGACCGUUUAAUUGUGUUAAGAGUAAAAGAAAAAUCCCCAAACUCUCAUCACACUUAGAGUUACAUAUGAAAUGGCAUGCAUAUGUGAGACUGUAUUCUUGUUCUUUUUGUCAAAAGAGUUUUAAAUGGCUCGGUCAUUUAAAAUGCCACCAGAAGAUGCAUAUCUGUGUGAAAUCAAAGCUGCGUUUACGUCGCAGAUGACUGUGGCCCAAACUUGGUUUUCUUGUUUUGUUUUUUUUUGUUUUUUUUUUAAGGUUGUUCACAUGCCAUUUUAAAAUCAUGAAAUUUGGUUUGUAUUGAGUUUUUUUUUCUUCUUCAGUAUAAUACUUAAAAAUCAGUAUGUUGUAUUCAUGUGUCUACAUUGCAUUCAGAACAUAUUCAUUAAGCAUCAAAACCCAUUGAUAAGUGUUCAGAUUUUUUAGAUUUGUUGAAGCACCUUUCUGCAGUGAUUACAGCCUCAAGUAUUUUUUUUUGAGUAUGAUGCAAUACGUUUUACACUCCUGGAUUUACAGAUUAUGUCUUUUUUUUUCUUCAUAUAGUUUUCUCAAGCUGUCAGAUUGGAUGGGGACUGACGGUGGAAAGCCAUUUUCAAGUUUCUCCACCGAUUCGAUUGGAUUUCAAUCUGGGCUCUGGCUCUGUCUCUCAAGGACAUUCCCAGAGUCAUCCCUAAGCCACUCUUGCAUUGUCUUGGCUGUAUUUAGGGUCAUUGAAGGUGAACCUGCCGCCUAGUCUGAGUGCUCUGGGACAGGCCACAUCUGGAAAAAGACUGGAAGAGCACAUUUUCAGUAUCUAUCUGGAGGUUGGCUGCAAACUUGGAACUUGGUCCAUUUCACAUUUAUUUGGGAUUGGUUCAUCCACUGCCUGCAUGACAACAAAACAUGUCAGUCAUUGUUGUGCAUUUGCA